AUGCGUGAAGAUUAUCCACCUAUAGACCACCGAGGAAGUGGACCAGGUCCUGGUCCUUUGUCAAUGAAUACCCCGCAUUCAGAUCAUCGCCCACCAUAUGGACGUGAUGAUUUUCGUGGCCAGUACCGCAGUGAUAGUCGAGAGAAUCACGAGAUGAGAUUCCGUGGACCUCGUGGCCGUAGUCGUAGUCCACCACGUCGUGGUCGUGGUGGACCUAUGGAUUGGGAUGCUGGACCUCGUUUUGAUGAUGUGGGACCUUCUCGUCGUGAUUUACGGCCAUUUGCAAUACUUCCAGAGCCAUUAGUGUCGUAUAAAGUUUGGAUGAUGCGACAGACUGAUGAAUCAGCACCUGAAGUUUAUCAACAGCGGUAUGAAGAGUAUAAAAAGAAGCACGUGCAGCGAGUAUUACGUGCAUUUUUUGAGCUUCAUAAACGUGAAGAAUGGAUGCAAGAACGCUAUUCACCAGCAUUGCGUUAUCGUGUGGAAAAACAGAAGACCACGCAGCAGAUCAACGAAGCAAAACAGUUUGGUGAACGAUUGCGAUCUGGAACAGCUAAAAUCUGCUUGGAUGAACAAGUACCUGGUGAAAAUUGUGUGACUCCGAUGAUUGAGGAUUUUGCCAAUGAUCUUGAGCAUAGUGCGCGGGUAUUGUACGUGCGUCGUGUGCCAUGUGCUUGCCCUGUUGGCACACUCAGUGAGACGAUCAAAAAGGCGGGAGGUCCUUUUGUGCAUUUGUACCUGUCAGAUCCGGUCAAGAAAAGUGCGUUUGACUUUGACCGCUCAGCGUACAUCAUCUACGAGAGUGCGGCAGCUGCGAGUGAUGCCAUGCCCAAGAUCCACAAUACGUUCGUGGAAGAUGGUAACCAAUUUCCACCAUUCCGUCUUCAGGUGUCUCCUCACCGUACCCGCGCACCACUGAAAACUCCCUCGUAUUUGUCAGUGCCUGAACGUUUGACUGCCGAUUACAAGCAGUCGCUUGGGUUGGCUAAGGCCUUGGACGCACGUCUGUUUUAUGGCGCCGAAGAUAAACUGGCCCGCUUUGGUAUUGAGACUCUGCUGGCAUCUGAAGAGGUUGGGCAGAGUUAUUCAAGUGACAAGGAGAAGCUAGAUGUGAUUGUGGCGUAUUUGCGUCGGGUGCACCACUAUAUUUAUUAUGCCGGCGUACAGUGCCUUGACAUGGGUGAUAUCAUGCACGCCCAUCCUGCGCUCUUUUGCCGCCCGCCACCUUCAGCACGUGAUAUUGAAGAAGAGAAGGCUCGACAGGAAGCUGCGGCAAGUAGCAUGACAAUAUCGAUGGGAGAUACCGUAACAAAAGGAAAUAAGGACAGCGCGACCAGCGUAGAAUCAGAAGAAAAAGGAGAUCAGUCAACUUCAGUUACGACAGGAGAGACAGCUAAAGCUAUUGGCGGAUGGGCAUCAGCUUUGGAUGAAAAGGUGCAAACGUACCUAAAGGAGCUUGCUCCGGAAGUCGUGGAGGCUAAGCGUGCCAAGAAUCGUGCUUUAGUUGACGAGAUAGAAGCUCGCGAAGAGGCGGCACUUGAAAGCACGUACGCAAAUUAUGGAGAAAAAGCCAGCGAUGACGGCAAGCAUCGUUGCCGCUUGUGCACUAAGCUCUUUAAGGCCAUGGACUUUGUAAAGAAGCAUAUACGCAACAAGCACCCGGAGUUGGUGGUAGACAAGGUUGCCGAAGUUGGCGAGAGUUACAUGUGGGAGCAGUACCGUGAGGACGAACAGCAUCCGAUGCCCCCCCUUGAAACUAUCAAUACCAUGCCAGGUGGUGCCUUGCUUGGUGGACGCGGAGGUCACAAUUGUAGCCGGAAUGGAGGUGGAUACCGUGGACGCCUUGACAGAGAUUUUGGUGGAGGUGGCGGUGGCCGAGGGUUUUACCGCGACGAUGGUUACCGCGGUCGCGGUCCGCCGAUGCGUGAUGAUCGCAUGCGAAGAGGUUCGUUUGAUCGACCACCGCGCUCGCCUCCCCGACACAACGGCAGCGGUGGUGGCUAUGGUCGCUCGCCUUCACGUGGUCCUCCCCCUGCUGGGCCACGAGUACCAGACAGCGAGCUGCCAGUGGACCCUCGCCAAGUAUCAACGUCAUACCGCGACUUGGACAACUUGCAAGAUACCAAGGUGGAGCUGAGCUUCGAUGCACUUGACAGUUUGCCGCCUCCCAAGAAAAAAACCAAGGUGUGA